ACAGCAAAAGAAAAGGCAAAAUGAUCACAAAACUUGUUCUGUUAUUUUCUGUUCUGCUGGUUGUCAUUUCAUUCCUUUUGACAAAAGAGGAAUUUAAAGAUUACAGGCACAUACUUCUGUCAUUUAUACCAUUUUUUAAUUAUAGCACUGCUGUUUCUAGUGGUCGAAUUUUCACAAAAGAAGAACUUGCCAAAUACAGUGGUAAAGACAAAACUCCAGUUUACUUAGCAAUAAUAGGAGAUGUAUUCGAUGUCACAAAAGGAAGAAAACAUUAUGGGGAGGGAGGCGGCUACCAUUUUUUCUCAGGUAAAGACGGGACAAGAGCGUUUGUUUCUGGAAAAUUUACUGAGGAAGGGUUAAUUGAGGAUACUACCGGUCUCUCUCAUACAGACUUGCUGGGCAUUGAAGACUGGAAUGGAUUCUACAAGAAGCAAUAUAAGCAUAUAGGUCGCCUUGCUGGUCUUUAUUACAAUGAGAAAGGAGAAGAAACAGAAGCCAUGCGCGACUUUAUAAAGAGGUUAGACAUAGCCAAGAAAGCCAAGCAGUCUGAUGAGGAUGACAAGCAAAGAUUUCCAACCUGCAACUUUGAGUACAAGCAAGGCCAAGGCAGGAGGAUAUGGUGCUCAACUCUAAGUGGUGGUGUCCAGAGAGACUGGGAAGGCGUUCCAAGGCAAUACUUUCAGCCAGGCAAGACUGACCCCCGGUGUGCCUGUAUCAAAGACUUUGGUCCACCCUCUGGACAGGAGGAGGUAACUCAGCACAACAACAGAGGGGAUCUGGAUAACCCUCUCAUGAAACUAUACGAGGGGUGUGACCCUUCUUCUGUUCAAUGCUUCUUUCCUGAAGAUAGUUAAAACUAAAUGCUCUUCAAAUAAAGAAUUAUAGAUAUUUUAAAUCAGGUGGCUGUAUCAUUCAAUAAAUAGAAUUUUCAAUUGACUAUGCCUAUGUCAUAUCAGUAAUCUUGUACAACAUCUAAUUAGGUUAGAAUUCACAUUCAAAUUUACUACUGAAAAUAUAAUAAUACGAGUUUUAACAUAAAAAUUCAUACAAUGAUAAAGCACAAUGAGAGGAAGUGCAGUGUACAAGAACCAUGCCUCUAGUUCAGCCAAUUACAGCGGUACACAUGUAGCUCUAAAAGCUCGACAAAUAUCAUGCUGAUAAACUACAAUGAUAUUCCAAUAAAUGCAUGCUACAUAUUGCAAAGCAGUAAAUAAAUGUGCCUUUUGUUACUUUUUCUUGUCUGUAACAAUUAUUAAUUUAUUAUAUAUAUGCUGCUCAAAUGACCUAUACUGUGUGUAGUACUAUACAAUAGAUUGAUUUUAUUUCUAUCUAGGCACAGUUGAUCUGAUAUCAAUAUAUUUUGCAAUUUGGCGCUGGGUUGUUUAUUGUGUUCAUUGUGCUUACAUUACGUGCUUCCAUUACAAUAUUUAUUAUUAUUGUCAAGUAUUUAAUAUUUUUUACAAAAUAAAUUU